GGUUCACAUGUUUAAUGUGUGCAACCUAGCAGAGACUCCGAAGUAAGUUUUGUUUAUUUCAAUAUAAGACUUUAACGGUGUUGACAAUAACUGAGCCUAGUGAUACUCAUUAAAGUUUUACGAUGUCACCCUACGUUCCAUUAAGAACCGUCCUGUUUCUUGCUAUACUGCUUCACCUAGUCAAUGGUCGAGAAAGUAGCAUGAGCAUCAGUUUGAAAGCAAUUUGGUUUGAUGACUACUACUUUAUGAAAUUUUUUGACUGCCUCUCCAACAAACACUUCGAAUGCUAUGUUUACUUUCAAAACGAUCAAACAUUUUUGACACACGAAUCAGUGUAUAAGGUUGAAGCCACGUCCUCUAAAUCGACCUCUUCUGCCACUUCAGUCUACACAUGUAUGCUAAACUAUGAGAGCUUUAUGGCACUAGAUUACGUAAAAUGUAUUCUAGGUGAUGGCUACAAAUGUCUAGGCUUAAGUUCAAAAACUGACUCUCGAGUGGUUGCCAUUCGUUGGAGCUCCGUAUACGACUAUUUAGAUAGUGGUCUUAUUAAAAGCAGUAUCAGCAAUUGUUCAACGUAUCUAAAUUUGUUUUUGUAUUGGAAGACUUCACCAGACAGUAUAGAUAAUGAUCCUACAAGCCAUGUUACAGAUCAUGAUGAAAUCCCUACAGAAAUACCGCGAAAUACAUUUUUCGUACAACCGACUUUUCGUGUGCCUAGCCUUAAAGAGUCAAUUACCUUUAAGCCUUUACCUGAACCGACAAGUUCAACGAAUACAAAUUAUAAAUUCAUCGGAUCUGUAAUAGCAGUUCCCUCUAUUAUUAUUUUAAUGGUCGUCAUAUUUUGCCUUCGGUACAGGAGAGCGAUGCAUUCAAGUUCAGUGAUUGUUUCUAGACGGGUCGAGGUUUCACGUGUAUCUGUACUAGACCAGAAUAGAAACAUACUCAGACAAAUAGAAUUUUUACAAAACGAUGGCAGAUCUGCUAGAAGGGAAAACAGAAGAAAUAAUAAACACGGAAGAAGGGUUGGUACAGAUAAAACGGAUGACUGCGCAUAUGGGUCGGAAAACAAAGACACCGAUAAGAUUUUAGCAGUGGAUGGAGUCAAAGGUAAUAAGGUUGGGAGUUGCAACGAUGCAGCAAGUUUUCAAGACGAGUGUCAAGCAGGACAGAACAUAGCAGCGAAUGCAACUGGUUAUAGUGAAGCAGGGGGAAUCCGUUCCGUGAAUACCCGUGAAGAGACAAGCAAGCCUGUCGGAACAAAAACAUCGGAUUGUUGA